UCUGUCUCGUGUGUCUCUCUGUGUGUCUCUGCAGGACCACUGUCACUAUCAGGGCGUCGUUCAGGACAUGGAGGGCUCCACUGUCGCCAUGAGCAUCUGCAAUGGCCUCCGAGGAGUGCUGCAUCUCAUUGACGACAGUUACGGCAUCGAGCCAUUAGACUCCUCCCCCGACCAGCACCUGGUGUACCGCCUGCAGGAUGUGACAUCACAGCCUCAUGGGUGUGGCACGCCACACGACGACGAGCAUGACCACGAUAACAACGCCACGGAGCACACUCAGUUCAAACCGGAGGAAAUCCAGCACAGACAGCACGGCAGGAUGAAGCGAGCUAUUCUUCAUCAGACUCACUACGUGGAGCUGCUGCUCGUGGUCGACAAAGACCGGUAUAAUUAUAUGAACAUGAACGAGACGGCAGUGAGGGAAGAGAUGGUUCAUCUGGCCAACUUUAUAGACAGCAUCUACAUCCAGCUGAACGUACGAGUGGUCCUGGUCGGCCUGGAGAUCUGGACUCAGCAGAACCUGAUCAGCACCGACGGAGCAGCCGGAGAGGUGCUGAGUCGCUUCACACAGUGGAGAGAAAAGGAUCUGGUGCCCCGCCGCCGCCAUGACUCAGCACAACUCAUCCUGUCAGUGCACGCUCACACACACACACAU